CGUUACGAACUUGGCUCAUGAUGGAGAAGAAAACAGGCAAAAAUAUAAGCGACGAGAUAAACGACGUUCUCCAAGCUUUCGGUUUGCAAGGAAAACAAAUUACUGCAGUUACCGAUGCCGGUUCAAACGUUGUCCUCGCCUGCAAACUAUUGAAAAUGAAACAUCACAAGUGCCUCGGCCAUGGCGUCCACAAUCUGAUUACAGCAGAUGGGCUCAAACGCACAGACAGAUUGGAAGAGAUUGUUAAAAAGGCAAAGAAAAUAGUGAAGACAGUGCGGUACCGUGCACCCGAACUGGAGGCAGAAUUUGACAAGCAGCAGCGACAACUCCUCACUGACAUAAUGGAAUCGGCGGACGUGUUGGACAUGGAGGAUGGUGACCCUCUUACGGUGUUGGAAGACAUUGUACUUGAGGGAGACGACGAGGAAGUCCCUGCCCAUGCAGGUAGUGCAGCAACAGCCUGCAAGAAGGCUCCUACUCUCAAGACCGAUGUCGUCACCCGAUGGCACGCUCUGCUGCGUCUGUGCAAAAGUAUGGGUCCCCAUAGAAACAGCAUCAACAUAAUCCUUGCAAGGAUUGAGAAGUCCAAUCUGAUGCUCACUUCCAGUGAGUGGGAAUUCCUGAACGACCUCGGCAAGUUCCUGGAGAGCUUCCACACCGCUGUGGAAGUCUUGUCGGCGGAGAAGAGUGCGACACUGAACGUUGCUUUGCUCAUGAGGGCAGAACUGGAAGAGCGUCUAGAGGAUAGCGAGUCAGACAGUCUGCUUAUCCUACAGAUGAAGAACUCAAUGCGUGCUCAGCUUGACCACAGGUUUCCAGUCACGGAUCUACUCGUCGUGGCAGCACUUCUGGAUCCUCGUUGCCAAAACCUGAAGUCGGUGAAGAACCAUCUCUCAGAUAGGUUCAUGACGAAAGCUGAGUUCCUGGUUGCCCAAGUGAAGGAAAAUGUGAGAGAAGCUGAUGUCAUUAAAGAGGAUAUCACCGUGCCCGUGACCGAACCCAGCUCGAAAGUAUCAGCCCAGCCUGUAUCUCCUGUCGCGCUACUUGCUCAGAAACAUUCCGCACAGGUUUCCUCGUCCGAUAGGAUUAACGAAGAGGGGCAGUUUCCAUGGCUAUCUGCCUUGGCGAGGGGUAUCCUGUGCAUACCUGCAACCAGCACUCCAUCAGAGAGGGUUUUUUCUAUAGCCGGGCUUGUUGUCACCGCAAAAAGAUCCUGCCUCCAUCCUCUACGCGUGCAUAAAAUCAUUUUUGUGCACAACAAUUACAAUGUAUGCAAACAAAUUGUAAAUGGUUCUAGCUGAACCUGCAGACUAGUCGUUCUGUGUUCCCUACAGUACCUACUGUGAUUAUUCUAGCUCAUGACAAAGUUCAAAUUUCCUUUAAGUUUUAAGCUAGUACUGUAAUUUGCUAACUACUAGUCCAUUAAUACUUAUAGUAAUUUAGCAAUUUCCAAUUUGCAAUUUAGCAAUUUGCUAUUUAAGGGAUACAGUCCACAAUAAAAGUUACUUUUUUAAAACAAAUAGUGUUAGUACUGCCAUUGUUACAUAAUUAACGUUCUGAAAUAUGAGGAACAUAAUUAACCAGUUCCAUUUUGCCGCAAAAAUGCGUCAAUGCCUGCGAAGUGGUCAACAUUUUUAAAUAAUUAAUAUACUUUUAGAAAGUUAAACGUAGAACGUAGAAAACAAUUAUUUAAAGUUUAUUUUUGU